AUGAAAAUCUUACUACAGUUGGACUCCACUACAGCCAUCAACAUCCUUACCGCCCAGGAUCAGACUGUGCACAAGUACCAUAACCUGGUUCUUCAAUUUCAAGGGCUGAUUCAGCGAAACUGGGAAGUAAGAAUUUCCCAUAUUUAUAGAGAAGGAAACAAAGUGGCCGACUUCCUUGCAAAUAAAGGUCACUCUGUUAGCAUAGGUUACCAUGUUUUUGAGAGUACAGACUCGGGUCUGUCCUUUUGGAUUUUGUAUGAUUUUUGGGAAUUUCCCAAACCCGUAUAA